AGUCGUUUCGUCAAAAGUAUCCGGUCGAGUAAAUCUUGUGAAGUGAUUACGAAAAUAUUAAGUUUGUAACUAUUAUUUUUGUUUAUAUAAUUCGGAGAACGUUUUCAAAAUAGUAAUGAACGGACUGGAAAUUACCAAAGAGUUAAAAAGUGACAUCGAAUCAAAUCAAAAUCAGUUACAAAAUGCUAUUCAAAAUCAUCAGAUACAAGUGAAAAAGAUUAAGGACGACCCAUAUAAUGACGAGUUGCUAUUGGAAAUUAAACGUGUUGAAGAACAAAUUGUCUGCUUCGGAUUUGAACAGAAAAGCUUAUUAAAGAGAUUGAGGGAAGAAUACAAUGCUCAUCAAAAGUCAUUAAAAAAUAGCAUUGCAAAAACUGCUUUAGAAGAGAGAAGGUUCAAUCUAUCAAGUGCACUGAGCAGAGCUAGAAAGCAACACAUAACAGUUACACGAUCCUCAUCAGCAAAUUCUAUUUCUGAUGAGUCCGAAGGCAAGCAAUCUAUACAUUCGUCGCCUGAGCAUCAACUCAAUCCCGUUCGACCCCAUGACAUUAGCCAGGCCAAAUUUCUUAAUUAUUUCUCACUGGCCACCCAUGAGGUUUUCCGGGAAAUGCAAAAUAAACGUGCCGAAAGGAAGAGGCGAAGUACAGCAAAUCCACACUUUUUGUAUGGGAACAAGGGUUGGGAUUUUUUCGGACCAACCACAAAACGUAAACGUAGUGCCUUCCUAACGCAACCAAUUUCACCCCCAAACACCCGACAGGCGACCAGAAAAAGGCAAGAGCGAGUGUCUCCAACUGUUGGUUCAAAAUUGCCCUCUACAAAUGAUGAUCAAAAGGGUACCGAUAAAUUUUGUGUGAAUGGAGGUUGCAUAUCUUCUCCCGUACCAUUCGGCAGUAAUGUCGACCUUAAAUCUGUAAAUUCGUUUCCAAUUCCAAACUUACCUAGCGGGUUAAUUAUCGAGAGAGUUAGUCCCUGUAGCAAUUCCCCAGAUUCCAAAUCGUGCAUUAUUUGCAAACAACCUGGUGCUUUGACAAUAUGUGAAAGAUGCUCAAAUGGUUUUCACGUAAGUUGUCACAACCGACCUCUCACUCAAACGCCUAGACAAUGCCCCAAAUGUAUUUUGAAAGAAAAACGAACUAUCGGAGCUUUAAAUGUGCCUUCAGGGAUGAGCGUAUCCUAUGUACCUUCAACAGAGUAUACCGAAAAACUUAAUCUCAAAAAGGAAUUAGAAGAGAAACGGCAACACUUGUCAGCAGAGUUGACCCAACUGCAAAACCGUCACUCUCAACUUACAAUCUCGCUAAGAAAUCAGCAGUCUGAACAGGAAAAACUGUUGAUGAAUCAGCAAUCGACGGAAGCUAAAGUCAGUCAAAUUCUGCAGUUCAUAGAUAAAAUAAAAAAUUGCAGCCCCAACGAAGAAAACGGCUCUUUAUAACAUUAAUUUGAAGGGCUUUAGAGUAAAGGUUAAGCCCAUGACGAAACUUUAUUAUAUGGUUCUUCAGCUGAAGGCAACUUGUUAAAAAUGUUAAGUUUGUAUUGUAUUGGUCAACUUAAAUAGUUUUGUAGAUAUUAAUCCAUUUUAU